AUAGUAAGUCCCGCCUACUCUAAAGCACCAGAUCCCGGCAUCCAUAUAUGGUCCCCUCCUAUCUGUGUUCCAUCAACAGAGCAUAAGAAUGUUUUCCGGCAAAAUGAAUCCUCUAAUGCUCCUCGUCCUCGUCCUAAUCUCUUAUUACAACUUGCCGGAGACAGUGCGUUCCUCGCCGGCGUGCACUUUUCCGGCCAUCAUUAACUUCGGCGACUCCAACUCUGACACCGGAGGAUUUUCGGCGACCUUCGGCCCAACUCCAGCCCCCAAUGGCGAGACCUUCUUUCGAAUGCCGGCCGGCCGAUUUUCCGACGGCCGUCUCAUCAUCGAUUUUAUCGCGGAGAGAUUUGGGCUUCCUUUCCUGAGCUCUUACCUGGACUCGCUGGGCGCAAAUUACAGUCAUGGAGUUAACUUCGCCUCUGUGUCUUCCACCAUGAUAGAUCAAAAUAUCUCUCUUUCUCAAGGUGGCUAUAGUCCCUUCUAUCUAACCAUACAGGUUAUGCAGUUCUCUCAGUUCAUUCCCAGGUCUCAACUAUUCGCCAAGCGAGGAUGGUUCUUCAAUUCCACAAUGCCAAGAAAGGAAUACUUCAAUCAAGCAUUGUAUACAAUCGACAUCGGACAGAAUGAUCUCACAGCCGGCCUGCUCGCUGGAAAAACCUCCGAUGAGUUCAUCCCACAAACGAUAGAGGUCUUCUCCGGCGAAGUUAAGAGGAUAUAUAACAUGGGGGGAAGGUAUUUCUGGAUUCACAACACGGGUCCAUUGGGUUGCCUCGCUUACGUCCUGGUCGGCCAAAACAACACAACCGCUGGUGAGUUGGACGCGGCGGGCUGUGCUGUCAUUUACAACAAGGCGGCACAGGAGUUCAACGUAAAGCUCAAUGAAACAUUAGUGAAAAUGAGGAAGGAGCUGCCCCAUGCGGUUAUCACCUACGUGGAUAUUUAUUCUGCCAAGUACUCUCUCUUUCUGGAACCCGCCAAGUACGGGUUUAAGGACCCUCUGAGGGUUUGUUGUGGCCAUGGCGGUGGCAAGUACAAUUUUGACUUUAACGUGAAGUGUAGGAGCUCGCCCGCAGUGAACGGAAACGGAACCAAGGCUCUGUCUGCAAAAGCAUGCCGCCAGCCAUCGAAGAAGUUGGUGUGGGAUGGCGUUCACUUUACAGAUGCUGCGAAUAAGGUAGUGUUCAAUCUAAUAUCUACCGGUAAAUUUUCGCACCCACCCCGACCAUUAGAGAUGGCUUGCAAGCAUCAACAAAAGGAGCAACAUAUAAAUUUUGACGACUAACUAGACACGACAUAAACUUAUUCUUA